GUCCAAACCGCUAUGAGAUCCUCGAGGUCCCCCUAUUCGCAACAGAGCAAGAGAUUAAGGCUGGAUACCGCAAGCAGGUGAGAUCGAACCACCCCGACAAACUUCCAGAAAACCUCAAAGAAGCAGCAGAAACGAAAAUGCAGGGGAUCAACGAAGCCUAUAAAUUUCUUCUGACUCAAGACCGAUGCAUUUAUGAUUUACACUUGGGUGCAAAGAUCCCCCAUGUCAUUGAAUGUACCGACAGAUUUCUGCAAAGACAGACUGAAGAAAUCGAGAGGAAGCGAGCGGAAAUACGACGGGAAAGAGAAGCAAGGGAACGAGAGUCAAAGGGUGAGGAUUGGCAUUUUAGACCACGUUCCCGCAAAAGCGACGACGGCACCUCUAUGGCAGAGAGUCUGAAUCCUGUUAAGGUAAUGAAGUUGGUUUUCCGAACGGUCGUGGCUGGCUUCGUAGAGGUAUUAAACCUAUUUUCGACGAGAUGAUAGAUGAAACGAGCCGGCUAUUAACUGAAGACUGGUAAAAUUGUGAAGGAUUCUUAGACUUAAGAUUACGCCAGCGACUUAUCCCUAGACUAGCAAAUAAAUACUGUUUACCAAAACCCGAGGAAAG